CAACAGCUAUAUCAGGCCUCCCUGUCUGGACCAUUUACAUGGCAGUGAUUCAGCUUCAUAAGCCACAUGUUAGUGGAUCUACACAUCAGCCAGGGUGAAUGAUACCAGACAACAAUGCCCGAACAAAACAUGGAGUCUGCGAACACAGAGGGCCAACCUGUAGAACUUAAACCAUUCAUCCACCAGGUUGGGGGGCAUACGAGCAUGUUCCGAUUAAACGAGAACACAGUGUGUAAACCCCUGUGUUUACGAGAGUACCGUUUCUAUUCAGCACUGCCGCAGGAGUUACUCCCCUUUACACCAGAGUGCAGAGGUGUUGUACAGGUGAAGGUACAUGUAUAUGGGCAAGGGAAGGGCAGUUUCCGACUGCUGGCUCACAGGCUGGACCUGAGUGGAGAGAAGCCAGGGUUUGACAACAUACACAGGUCCCUGAGACCAGCACAAACAGACAGGAUUGAGAAUGAGGAAAAUCAGUCCAGUGAGGAUCACGAGGAUCAUGAGGAUCACAAUGACCAGGAGGAUCAGAGGCCAAAGAAUUACUCAGCCAAUCAGAACCCGUGGAUUGAGGACGUGUUUAAUCGUCAGAUGAGGAGGCUAAGUAUGGAAGAUUCUAACAAAUUCAUAUCACUGGAGAAUAUAGUCGCACGUUACACAAAGCCUUGUGUCCUGGACCUGAAGAUGGGACAACGACAACAUGGUGAUGACGCGUCACCAGAGAAACGGCAGCUUAUGCAGGAUAGAUGUGAGAACUCAACCUCCAAUCAGCUGGGGGUGAGGGCCUCUGGGAUGCAGGUGUAUCAUGUAGAAACAGAACAAUACAUCUACUUCAGCAAAUAUGACGGCCGGGCUCUUAAUGCGGAAGGCUUCAAAUCCAGUCUUGCUCAGUUUUUACACAAUGGCCAGAGACUACGUUAUGAACUUAUUGCUCCGAUUCUGUUCAAACUCUGUGAACUGAAAAAAGUCGUGGAGACACUGGAUACCUUUCGUUUUUAUUCUAGUUCACUGCUGAUCAUGUAUGAUGGGAUAGAUGCUUGUUGGGGGUCCAGCAGUGGGCACCAGAAUAUGGGGGGAGGGGCUGAGGCUCCCUGUGUGGGGCCCAGGGUGGAUGUUAGAAUGGUGGACUUCGCACAUUCCACAUUCAAGGGAUUCAUGCGCGAGGAUGAGGAGCAUAUGGGCCUGGACACAGGAUACCUCCAUGGGCUGUCUACCCUUAUAGAGCUGUUCCAAGAACUGCAACAACUUUCACAAAGACAAACGUAG